AACAGCAAGGGAGAGGCCAAAGACCCAUUGUUGGGAUCUGUGGACCGGCCCGCUGUAAGGAAGGAAAAUUUUCAGAACAAGAGGAGUGCAUUAACUGCACCGAUGAAUGCCGAGUGCUUGGUCAUUCCGACCGGUGUUGGAUGCCCCAGUUCCCUGCCUCCAACCAAGCAGACAACGCCGACUACCGAACAAAUCUCUUUGUGCCCACGGUGGAAGCCAAUGUCGAGACUGAGACUUACGAAACUGUGAACCCCACGGGGAAAAAGACCUUUUGUACAUUUGGAAAGGACAAGCGAGAGCACACCAUUCUCAUUGCCAAUGUGAAACCUUAUCUCAAAGCCAAACGUGCCCUAAGCCCCCUCCUCCAGGAGGUCCCCUCAGCAUCCAGCAGCCCAACCAAGACCUGCAUUGAGCCUUGCGCCUCAACGAAAGGACCUCUGGAUGGCUGCGAAGUCAAGGCAGGGGCCUUGGCCGAGCCCAACGGUCAGUACCUAUCGCCCAGUAAACAAUCCAGAGACGCUGCCUUCAUGGCGUCCGAUCAGAUGGCCAGGGUCUUCGCCGAGGUGCAUUCCCGAGUCAGCCGAGACUCCGCCGAUAUGGACUCUGUCUUGGAGCAGAUAGACCGUUCAAACAGGGAACUAGGGAGAGAGUCCGUGGACGCAGAGGAAGUCGUGCGGGAGAUCGACAAGCUUUUACAGGACUGUCGGGCGAACGACCCCGUGGCUGUGAGAAAGUGAAGGAAAACAGAAACAAAACAAAACAAAUACACAAACACACACAAACAAACAAAACAUAAAAAAGACAGUCUGGCAUUAAUUUGCUUCUUCUGCUGAAUUAUAUAUUAAAAAAAGAAAAAGAAAAAGAAAAAAAAAUUCUCCCCUGGUUCUAAAAUUUAUACAGGGAUGAACAAAGACCAAUGCUGCUUUAAGGCUUUUAGUGAACAUCUGAAGUGCCCUCCAAUAUGUUUGUUUCACUGCUCUUUCUUUUCUCUCUCUCUUUUUUUCAGAUAACACUGGUUUCGUUUUUACCCAACUUCCAUUAGAACAAUAUGAUGUAUGUUUUUUUUUUAUUAAAAAAGAAAAGAAAACAAAAAAGAAAAAUAGGAAGGAAGGAAAGGAAA